GGAAACACGGAAAACGCGGGAACAGAGAUAUCAGCGACGUCAUAAAGACCUUUAGAACUAAAAAGCUGGGUUCCUUAUAGAACUGUUUGGUCAGGAACUACAUUUCCCACAGAGCAACGCGGGCGCGGACCAAUCAGCUUCACGGUCCACAUCCGGGCCUUCUGUUAGCCCUGCGUUCAUCCACAAGCUAGCUAAAGACGGGGAUAGCGCGGUAAGUUAUAGACUUGUAGAUUUACCUGUAAAUAAAUGUAUUGCUUGUAAACAUUUAGAUAUUUUUGUGCAUCUCUAACAUGUAGGGAGCACAAAGUAGAAGCGAUGUUAGAGAUAAAGUAGUGAGUUUUAAGCGAAUUGCAGCGCUUCACUUCCGGCGCAUGGAUAUGACGUCAGCGGGCGGAUGAAUUUGGCGCGCGCGAGUGGAGCAGCUGGAGGGCUAGCAUGGCCACAGCGAUGUACCUGGAGCAUUACCUGGACAGUAUUGAGGGUCUCCCCUUCGAGCUGCAGAGAAACUUCUCCCUCAUGACUGACCUGGACAACAGGACUGAAGAGAAGAAAGUGGAGAUCGACGGUCUGGCGUCUGAUUACGUGGAGAAGGUGAGGAACCUGUCGCCUGAGGAGCGCGUAGAGCACCUGAGGAGGAUCGAGCUGGCGUACAGCAAGUGUAAAGAGUACAGCGACGACAAAGUGCAGCUCGCCAUGCAGAUAUACGAACUGGUGGAUAAACACAUCCGGCGUCUAGACGCUGAUCUUGCACGCUUCGAGAGCGAGCUGAAGGACAAACUGGACUCGAGCAGCCCUGAGAGCGCCGACGAUAAGAGGAGCAAAAAGAAGAAGAAUCUAAAGGACAGAAGAGGAGGGAGUGGGAGAGAGAAGAACGGGUCUGAUCACGGCUCUCCCAAACACAAAGCACAGAAGAACAGUGAGGUGCUGCUGGAUGUUCACUCUCCUGAUGUACUGGACAUGCCUGUGGACCCCAACGAGCCCACCUACUGCCUGUGUGCUCAGGUCUCCUACGGCGAGAUGAUUGGCUGCGACAACGCUGACUGCCCUAUUGAAUGGUUUCACUUCGCUUGUGUUGGUCUCACCACUAAACCCAAAGGAAAAUGGUUUUGUCCUCGCUGCACACAGGACAUGAAGAAGAAAUGAGGCCGGCGUGAUGGCUCCUGCACUUUACUCAGAGCUCGUCUCUGUCAGACGUUGCGAUUGUUCAACAGAGACUUGGGAUCUUAUUGAUUUCAUUUUUAAUGCGGAUUAUUAUGCACUGUCCUGUUUGUGUCAGGAAAUGUAAAAGUUUUUUUCUUAAAUUGUAUAUUUUAUGAAUAAAGUUUCUUUGUCGUCACGGUG